AUCGAUCCCGCCACAAUACUAGGAUGGCUGCAUGCAUGUGAUGAGUACCACGGCGAACAGUGUCACUCUUUCGAUAGUCCAAGGAGUGAUAUAGAGUGCAACACGGAUAUGAUUUUCAUGGAUGCGCAGCAACAGUGUCUAGUCAGUGUACCUUCCGGUCACGUUAAGCGAUAUGCGGCACUGAGCUACGUUUGGGGCAACGAUCUAAACCCAUUCAUGACAUUGCGAGACAACUUCAACCAGCUGAGAAAGCCGGGCGCUUUCAGCACGAACAACCAGUUUCCCCAGUUGCCAGAUGCAGUGCGAGACAGUACUUUGAUCUCCAAAUUAGGACUUCACUUGCUAUGGGUUGAUCGCACUAUAGUACAAGAUGACCAAGAAACAAAGGCCGAACAAUUGGCAGCUAUGGCUGCUAUUUAUACAAACGCAUAUUUUACGAUUGCUGCGACGGAAGGUACUGCUCAGAGUGGCCUGGCGGGUUCGAGUCAUGAUCGUCCACGACGUAAUCCUUAUCGGACAUUUCGAUUCACGUCCGAAUGCCACAUGAUGGACCGCAAUCCGUCUGUCGCAGAAGAUGCCGGAGAUCAAGGACCCUAUCACACUCGCGGGUGGACUUUCCAGGGGUGGACGCUGUCUCGGAGGGUGCUGAUCUUCCACCAUCAAACAAUCUCAUGGCGCUGCCGAAGACUCAAUCGGCAGGAGAACGGUACGAUGCCUUACGAUUGGGUCACUCCUGCUUAUAGGUGGAGUAUAUUUCAUGAUAUGUGGUCCGGCAUUCCGAAUAUUGAGUCAUACAUCUAUCACCUCGGUUCAUACACGCAGCGUGAUCUCACUGUACCUGGGGAUGUCUUGAACGCAUUUCAGGGUAUUUUGAUUACACUGGCACGCUCAAUGAGGGGCCACAUGCUCUUCGGGAUCCCAGAGCUUUUCUUCAGUGCCCUCCUAUUGUGGUGUCCAAGUGAC